ACUUUAUAGAAUCAUAAUGUACCGGAAAUAUGCGACAGAAGCCCAAGUAUGGCAGUCACUAUAAUCGUCAUGCCUUCUUAGAAUUAAAGUUCAAAACAACAAAAAAAUAAAUAAAAUAAAAUUGUUAAUUAUGGCGGGUUGGCGUCGUUGCCGUUGGCAAAUUAUAGCCACAUUGGAAAUGGGCUUGUUAAUGCUGUCACAUGGCAUAAUCCUUGGAUGGUUUUCCCUGAUGUAUGUCUUCCUUGCGUCUGAUGACACGCCUCUUGACGAAAAACUCACCGUCCAGCAUGGCUCUUGGAUCGGCAGCAUUCUCGGUAUGGGAGGCUUAACAACCAAUUUAAUAAUGGGAUACCCCCUUGAUUACUUUGGCCGAAAACCUGUGAUGUACUUUUUAGUUAUUCCACAUGCUACCCAUUGGAUUCUUAUUUACUUUGGGACUAAUGUAAUAUAUCUUUAUGUGGCUCGGUUCUUGGCGGGAGUAGCCGCAGGCGGUGGUGUGGUUGUGUUUCCCAUAUUUGUUGCUGAAAUUGCUGACACUAACAUCCGUGGGUCUUUAGGAUCCGCGAUCUUUCUCGCUAUAAGCGCUGGACUUCUUGUUGGAUAUAUUUGUGCUUCAUUUAUAGCGUACAAAGUGCUUCCCUGCGUAGCGUUAGUGCUACCCACAAUAUAUAUAAUAUCAAUUAUAUUUCUACCCGAAACGCCAAUAUUUCUGCUAAGGGCCGGCAAAACGGAGAAGGCUGAAAAGUCCUAUUACUUUUACAAAGGUUUGUCGGCCGAAGAUCCCGAGUCCAAGAAGGAGUUUAAAGAAUUUCUGGACGAACUUCUUGCCGAUAGCGCGGUCGAGAAAAUCACCACAAAAGACUUCUGCAACAGGGAAGCAUGGAAAGCAUUCGGCCUUGUCAUUGUCCUUUUGUUCACCCACCAGAUGUCUGGAAACUUUGCCAUAUUAACUUAUGCCACUACCAUUUUCGAGCAUCUUAACAGCAAAUUGGACUUGCAUCUCUGCACCAUUAUUCUCGGGGUGGCUCAACUACUGGGCAUGAUUAUCGCCCUAUUUCUGGUUGAUCGAAUGGGUCGACGCAUUCUCAUGCUAAGCUCCUUGGCCGGAAUGGUUUUGGGCGAGCUGAUCAUAGCUGGCUUAAAGUAUUUCGCCUCGAGUGAGUUUCUGAAGGAGCAGGGAUGGUUUGGACUGGCCACCAUGUGUUUUACAAGUUUUUUCUCUUCUAUUGGUGUGGCAUCUGUGACAGUUGUAAUUAUCGUUGAGAUACUGCCAAUCAAGCUUAUUUCGGUUUGCACAUCAAUAAGCAUAGCAAUACUCAAUAUCUUUAUAUUUAUUACUCUGAAGAUAUAUCCUGAGAUGAUAGCAGAAUAUGGCCUGGGCCCCACUAUGAUUAUGACAGCGGUUUCGUGCAUCUUCUCUGCCAUAAUACUGGGUUUAUUUUUACCAGAGACCAAAAAUAAACACUUGGCAUAAGAUGUAU